CAGGUGAUGGAGAGGGACAACGGAAGUUCUCCUGAGGGCUUCGUCCUGGUGGGCUUCUCGGACCGUCCCCGCCUGGAGCUGGUCCUCUUUGCGGUCGUCCUCGCGUUUUACCUGCUGACGCUUCUCGGCAACGUGACCAUCAUCGCGCUGUCGGCGCUGGACCCCCGGCUGCGCACCCCCAUGUACUUCUUCCUGGCCAACCUCUCCUUCCUGGACCUGAGCUUCACCACCGGCUCCGUCCCGCAGAUGCUCUACAACCUGCGCGGCCCGGACAAGACCAUCAGCUCCCUGGGCUGCGCCGCGCAGCUCUUCUUCGUCCUGGCCCUGGGCGGCGUGGAGUGCGUCCUCCUGGCCGUCAUGGCCUACGACCGCCGCGCGGCCGUGUGCCAGCCCCUGCGCUACGCCGUCCUCCUGCGCCCGCGCCGCUGCCGGGAGCUGGCGGCCCUGGCCUGGCUGAGCGGCUUCGGCAAUUCUCUCGUCAUGACGCCGCAGACCCUGAUGCUGCCCCGCUGCGGGCGCCGGCGGGUGGACCACUUUCUCUGCGAGAUGCCGGCCCUGAUCGGCAUGGCCUGCGUGGACACCAUGGCCCUGGAGGCGCUGGCGUUCGCGCUGGCCAUCUUCGUCAUCCUGGCCCCACUCGCCCUCAUCCUCGUCUCCUACGGGCACAUCGCGCGCGCGGUGUGCAGGAUCCGGUCUGCGGCCGGGAGGCAGAAAGCCUGGCACACCUGCAGCGCCCACCUGACUGUGGUCUCGCUCUUCUACGGCACCAUCAUCUACAUGUACCUCCAGCCAGCCAACACGUCCUCCCAGGACCAGGGGAAGUUCCUGACUCUUUUCUACACCAUCGUCACCCCCAGUGUGAACCCCCUCAUCUACACGCUGAGGAACAGAGAUGUCAAGGAGGCCAUGAAGAGGGUGCUCGGGAAGGGGGGUGCAGACACAUAG